AGACCGGAACAAAACACCCGCGCGCGCGAGGACACCCCUGCUCUGCGGCCGGCGCCAUGCAGCGGCGGCGGCAACCACGAGCGGCGCACCGGCACCGCCGCCCCUUCUUCCUGACGACGGCGGCGGGAGCAGCAGCAGUCUCGAUCCACCUUCUCCUCCUCGUCAGCGCCGCGUCUGGUGCCGAUGACGACGCGGCGGUGGCCACGCCGGUGAUCCUGGACAUGGCGUGCGCCGCGACGCAGGCGGCGGACCCGGAGGCGUUCGACGUGAGCUUCGUCACCACCCUCGAGAUGAUCUACCAGAACGUGACGCGGUCCGGGUUUGGCGCGGCGGGCUCCGGCGCCGGCAACAACACGGUGUUCGGGCUCGGGCAGUGCCUGAGCUACCUGUCGCCGACCGACUGCCAGCUCUGCUACGCGCAGAGCCGCGUGAAGCUGCCGCACUGCCUCCCCGCCGACGGCGGCCGGAUCUUCCUCGACGGAUGCUUCCUCCGCUACGGCGCCGACAACUUCACCGCCGCCGCCACCGACGCCAGCGACACCGCGGUGUGCUCCAACGCCACAGUCGCGACGGACAGCACCGGGUUCGCGGCCGCCGCCACGGAGCUGGUGCGGAACGUCACGGCCGCCGCUCCGGCCGCCAAGGACUACUACUACGCGGCGUCGUCGGCGUCGGCGUCGGCAGCGGCGUUGCCGUCCGGGCGCGCGCCGACGGCGUACGCCGCGGCGCAGUGCUGGAGGUCGCUCAACGCCAGCGCGUGCGCCGCGUGCGUGGCCAGCGCGCGCGACCGCGUCCUCAACACGUGCCUCCCCGCCGCGCCCGAGGGGUACGGCCUCAACGCCGGCUGCGUCGUCAGGUACUCCACGCAGCCGUUCUACCUGCCGGCCAACGCCGGCGCCGGCGCCGGCGGAGCAUCGUCCGGGCGGCGCAUUGCUGUCAUCGUGGUGGCUUCGAUCUUCUCGGCAAUAGCUGUCAUGGGCAUAGCAUUCAUCUGGACACGAAUGAGGUCCAGAUCAAGAGAUGGUCUCCUCCAUGACGACGACAUGGACGGGUCCGGCGAGAUGAUCCGGGCGAUCGCGGCGUCGCAGCUGAGCUUCAAGUACGGGGAGCUGCGGGCGGCGACGGACGAGUUCAGCCAGAUGAACAAGCUCGGGCAGGGCGGGUACGGGUCCGUGUACAAGGGCGUGUUGCCGGACGGGAGGGAGGUGGCGGUGAAGCGCCUCUUCUUCCACACGCGGCAGUGGGCGGAGCAGUUCUUCAACGAGGUGAAGCUGGUGUCCCAGGUGCAGCACAAGAACCUGGUCAAGCUGCUUGGCUGCAGCGUCGAGGGGCCCGAGAGCCUCCUCGUCUACGAGUACCUCUGCAACACCAGCCUCGAUCACUACCUCUUUGACGCGUUCAAGAAGACGGCGCUGGAUUGGGAGAGGAGGUUUGAGAUCGUGGUGGGCACGGCGGAGGGGCUCUCGUAUCUGCACUCUGCGUCGGAGGUGAGGAUCAUACACCGGGACAUCAAGGCAAGCAACAUCUUGCUGGACGAGAGGUUCAGGCCAAAGAUCGCCGAUUUCGGCCUCGCCAGGAACUUCAUGGAGGAUCAGAGCCAUCUCAGCACCGGCCUCGCCGGAACUUUUGGAUACAUGGCUCCGGAGUACAUCGUCCACGGGCAGCUCACCGAGAAGGCUGACAUCUACAGCUACGGCGUGCUGGUCCUCGAGAUCGUCACCGGCCGGAAGAGCCACAACUCGGUGGCGUCGUCGACAGAAGGCCUCUCACUCAUGGCACUGAUAUGGAGACACUACAACGCCGGCACCCUGAUGGAGCUGCUGGACCCGAACCUCCGGGAGCAGUGCACGGAGGAGGACGCGCUCCGGGUGUUCCACGUCGGCCUACUCUGUGCUCAGGCGUCGCCGAACCUCCGGCCGCCGAUGUGGAAGGUGGUGGAGAUGCUGAGCGGCAGGGAUCAUCACAAGGUGGUGCUUCCCCGGCCUACUCAGCCGCCGUUCAUCAACGUCAAGGUGUCGAAGAACGGCAAGAGCGACGGCAGCUCCGGGUCGGCGUCGCUCAUGUCCAACUCCGACAAGUCGCCAUUGUCGCUGAACCAGCUGUCAGUCAGUGGGGUUCAGGCCAGGUAAAAAAAAAGGCUGGUGUGGAUGGCGUUGCGUUUGUACUUAUUUAAUUAACAUUUUUGGAAAUUGUAGAAGUAGAGGAUAGGUUUGACUUUGAUUUUGUUGCCAUGGAUGUUUUGUUGAUCUGAUAACGUACUUUGAUGGCUACUAUGUUUUAGUCUUCGGAAGAAAGAUGCCUGUUUUGUAAGCAAAACAUCCGGAAAAUGUUGAUCAACAUUUAGUAUUCUGCAAACAUUCAGAGCAAUACAGCUAGCCUUGUGGAGAGCAUUGCUGCGAGGAAUUUUCGCC